AAUUCAUCGGGCAACAUUCCCGGGCUCAUGGUGUGGUACUUGAAGGAACCUUAACAAAUAUCGAAUAGUAGCAUAGUAAACAAACUGCUAGUUCUAGUUGUCAAUGGCUCUCGUUACAACAAUAGGGAAUAAUGCCAUCAUCUCCUAGUAAAUCAAAAAGUAUCCACAAAUCUUCUGGGAAAUUGUUCCGGCAUAAAGAUAAGGAACGGUCAGGAAGUAGUGGGAGCAAUAACGGAAAUAAUAGUGGAAGCAGUUCCACACCAAGUAGCAGUAGUAGUAGUAGCAAUAGUACCAGUAAGCGGGAUGAUCCCAUGGACUUGAAGGAGUGUCCUCUUACUCUACCUGUUGUUGGCGCUCUUGAUCAUCAACGUUCACUUCCACGGUACACUGCUUUGGUGAAUGCAGAGGGAGUAUCAAUGGAAGAAUUAGAUGGCCUACAGUUAGAGCUAGAACUCCUGUUGUCAUCAGUUCUUGUGCGCCAGAUGUCUCUUAAUAAUCAACUCGGUAUUAUUCAUCAGUUAGAAAAAGGAAAAUAUGUUCCCAAGACUGCUAUAUCCCCUGGCAAAAAGAUAAAACGAGAAGAUGGCGAAAGGCCUCCAAAGAAAAUGAAAGAUUCAAGUGGAAAAGCAAGAGACAUUUUAUCAUCCCCUGGUCCUCCACCUGGAAUAAAGCCACCAAAGGUAAAAUGUUCUGUCCUCAAAUAUGAACCAGUAUUUGAUGUUCCUGAUCUGGGCCCACCAGAGCAACCCAAACCACCACCCCCAAAGAACGACAUUACAAAUCGCUUUUGGGCAAAUGUGGAACAGUAUUGCCAAGAAAUUACUGUUGAUGAUAUAAAGAUGCUAGAGGACUUGAUUAACAACCCAAAUGAUGACAGCGAUUACUACAAGAUACCUCCAUUAGGUCGACACUAUACAUUACGCUGGGCGCAGGAGGACUUGCAGGAUGAACAAAAAGAAGGUGUCAAGCUAGCUGAAGGAAAGAAGAAAGGCAUAAAAAGUGAACCUCUUAAUUCUGAUGUUUCGGACAAGCUGCUAAAAGAAGUUGAUAUGAAUGGGUGUAGUGAUGAUGUUGCACCACUAGGACCAAUAACACAAAGAUUAAUUGCUGGUUUAGUGGAAGAAAAUGUGCUAGUCUCAGAUAUUGAAAACAAAGGUGUUGAUGGAUUAGGUCAUACACGCCCAGGAUUAAUAAAGUCCCUCAACCUUGGGAGUGCCUCAAGUUUGGAGAAAAGAAUAAAGAAAGAACUGCAGGAACAAGGUGUAAUGGAAAUGGAUUAUGGAAAUGAGGAUGAUGAUGAUGAGAUUUUGUCAGAACUGAGACGCUGCCAGGCAGAACUCCGUGCAGUGUCAUCUCAUAAUGUAACACAGCUUAGUCGACUGCUGACUUUGGCCAGGGAGUCCUUGGUUCGACAUGACCUGAAAAAGAAACUCAGAGAUGCAGAACAGAAGGUACUGGAGGCUUACCGUGUUAUUGCAGCUGCACGUCAAAAAAAGAAGACCCCCUCCAAAAAGGAUAAAGACAUUGCAUGGAAAGCUAUAAAGGACCGUGAAGUAAUUGUACGUCAACUAGACCUUGCAUCUAAUAACAAUUGCUAAUAUAGUUUAAAAAGAUUUUAGUUAGAAGUAAAAGUAAACAAUACAUUUUUUAAGUAUUUAAUGUUACAAGUAGAUUCAUGUUCUUCAUUCAAGUAUUUCUUAAAAUGCAAAAAGUUAUAUAUACUUUAUUUUAUGCGUACAUUAACCCCAUAUCUUUCAUUCAGUUGUGAAAAGUUUGGUUGCAUUGUGCCUCCAAUCUUUGUAAAUUUAAAACAAAUUUAUUAUAUACAAUGUAAAUUUCAUUGUUUUUAGCAGCAGCUUUUGUCUGUAUCAAUUCUUAUUGUCCUGUGUAUCAGUGUGUAAAGUACUGUAAUACUAAUAAAAACAAUGAGCUUCCAUAAUAA